GGGACUUUCUUUCUAUACUUCUGCACUAUAGAGGAUUAGAAAUAAAGCACGUCAUCUUAGAAGUGCAUUUGAAAAGGAAAUAAAAACAGAAGGUUGCGUUUUAGGGUAGGACAGACUCACAGGAAGCUUUAAACUGAUUGUAAGACAACCAGUAUUCUGCACUGAUCAGCUGCUGAUCUUCAGAGGAUGCUGUCGGAAGGCUACCUUUACAGAAUCGCCUAUUUCUGUGAAGACUCUGAGCUCUGCAACAACCAAGCAGUAGAUGAAGUGGUGUAUGAAAUGAGGUCCAUUAAUUAUUCCAUCAGGGAUGAAGCACAAGGAAAAAGCCUCCUUCAGAGAUGCAGAUCUGCUGGCAAAUGCAUUUCUUCAGUUCACUCUAGAGGUAGCAAACACAGCAGAAAGCAGAAAGACAAUCUCCUACAGCCCAUGCAGCACUCACUGCCUGAAGGGCAGACAUCUCCAGCUAUGGAUGUCUGCGAAGGGCUGGCAAGAAAAGACACCUACCUGGUUCCAUCCUCCUGCAAAAGCAUUUGCAAGAACUACAGUGAUUUGCACAUAGCUGGGGACUGUGUGGUGCCUAUUAGCUCAGUGGCAACCGAUUUUACCUGUGACAGCGGCAUAGGCCCCUUCCUGGAGUCCUCAGAGAUUCCUCCGCCUAUGGAGUCUGUGCCAGUUCCCCCCAGUGAGAUGGGCCGCAAGCAGGCCCAAGGCUUCUCAUCGUGCUGGCGUGUGGCGAGCUUGGUGCCACACCAGCAGCCCCUCUCCGACUCAGCCCUCAACGACUACCUGGAGCAGAAGCUGAUGGAGCUGUACAAGCAGUACAUCAUGGACAGCACAGCCAACAGGGCAUCCCCCACUCAGAUCCUGGCCUCAGAGCUCAUCAUGACUAAUGUAGACCAAAUCAGCACGCAGAUAUCACGAGAGAGAAAAAUGGAGACCACCAAGGCCAAGGACAUUGUCAUCAGCCGCUUCUUGCAAAUAGCCAGUGAACAAAUAUUCUCAGAAAUUAGCACGCCCAGUCUGCAUAUUUCCCAAUAUAGCAACACUAAUGCAUAGUAUUUGAAUGCCUGCAGUUAGAAAGCUCUUAUAUUCGGAAAACACAAUUGUUAGUAUUUUUCUUUUAAAACAUCUUUCUGCUUCAUAAAAAUGUAUUUACUGUCUACCAGUUAAAUCUUCCAGCACAUAUUAAGUAAAAAUAUCUGUACAGUGCAGAUGUGUGCCAGAUAAUUUACAGUUUUUUUUUAAAAAAACUUUUUUCCCAAAGACUUAUUUCAAUGAGCCAUAGACACUGAAAACGUUUUGGUAGAAAAAUGACUAAGAGUGUAUGACACUCUUCCACAUGUUCUCUUUCUUCCCCCUUGCCUGACAUCUCAUUUCAACUUUCGUCCCCUGGAAUCUACCUUACUACCUGAGGGCCUGUGUGAAGCUAUUGCUUACAACACUGAAAGAACAGGGAUUGCAGAGCCUCAGAAAUAGAGAAUUCAGUCUGACCCAUCUUCCUGACCCAAACAGCUUCACUUAUGACACCCCUUCAGGUGUUUUUGUAACCUGUUCUUAAAGUUAUGAAGUGAUAGGCACUUCACAGUUUAUUCUAUAGUAGCUCUAAUUAUUCCAUUGGUGCCUUCCUAUUUACACGUCUGCAAACAAAAACUCUGUUUCCAGGCAGACAUCAUCAUCAGGAGCGUGCAUUUGUAGCUGUACACUUGACUGUAUGAACUGAACUUCUAUGGUGGACACUUCUGACCCAUGUCUGUCUGUGACAGACACACACUGUGUUAGUCAGCAACCUACAGACCUGUGCCUGUGGACUGGCCACAUAGGGAUAAUGGUGAUAAUAAAAUGAAUUCUACUUCAUCUUCCCCUCUUUUUAAGAGAAUUCCAAACUGAAAAAUAAAGGCUAAAUCAAAGCCCUGGUGAUUAAUGUGAACAAUUCAUUUGACCUUUGGUCAAGGUCAUCUGAACCUAAUAUAUUUCUAAGAGAAAGAUCCUUUUCUGUAAAAUUUAAGCUCUUAAAAAAGAAGAAGAAAAAAGUAAUUAGCUGCUUGAUGGACAAGGAUGGUUACCUGAUUUGAUAUGUAACACACUGGCAAUGCCAAACCACGACUGGUUGAAUUUCCAAGUGUAAGUAUAAUGUAAAUACUAAUUUAUAAUAAAUAUUCAUCAAAUGUUUUC